CCUUUCUUCCUUCUAUAUACCUUUAUUUUCUUAUCACAUUACCACUAAAAGUUACCUACUACCUAGGUACUCUCUCAAAGUUGCUAGCCGAUUAAAUACACGAUCCCAAUACUUUUCUUCUUUUAUAGAACUCAAUUCGGUAUGGCUCUAACGCAACCUAUCACAGUCGAGGCUUUGCCAGAUCUCCUUAAGGAUGAUAACAAGGUUAAGCUGUCUGGUGUUGACGUCGAUGGGAUGCUACGAGGGAAAAUCGUGUCCAAGAAGAAGUUCCUAUCGAUAGCCAAGGAAGGAUUUGGUUUCUGUAGCGUCAUUUUUGGUUGGGACAUGCAUGAUAGGACUUACGACAAGGAGCUCAAAAUAAGCAACAAGCAGAAUGGCUAUCGCGACUUGAUCGCUGUGCCUGACUUGAAUAGCUUCCGGCGCAUCCCUUGGGAAGAUAAUGUUCCCUUCUUUUUAGUUAGCUUCUUCGAUGACGACUCGAAACCCGUGUGUGCCGAUCCGCGUGGCCUACUUAGAACCACGGUCGAGAAGCUGCGAAAGGAGGGGUACGACGCCAUGGCAGGAGCUGAGAUCGAAUUCUUCCAAUUUAAGGUGCCCUCUUCGCCCUCUACCACUGAUUCCCCCUCUCCGUCUGUCACAGCGUAUUUGAACGACAAUCCGCCGCAUGCUCUGCCGCCCUUAACUGAAGGAAUGUUCGGAUACAGCAUCACGCGACCAACUCUCAACAAAUCAUAUUACUACGACGUAUACAACUCGUGCGCUAAAUUCAGAUGUGAUCUAGAAGGAUGGCACACCGAAAGCGGGCCCGGGGUUUACGAGGCCGCGUUGGAGUUUGGCCAGAUAUCUGAGAUGGCAGAUCGGGCAUCUCUUUUCAAGUACGUUGUUAGGUCAGUCGCCAACGACUACGGCAUCACCCCCUGCUUUAUGGCAAAGCCAAGGCACGGCCUUCCCGGGAACAGCGGACAUACCCAUGUGUCUGUUGUAGAUAAGGACGGUAAGAAUCUAUUUUUCCGCGAGGAAAAAGACGAAAACGCCAAGUAUCCUGACAUCGCCAAUUUGAGCGAUCUCGGAAGACAUUUUCUCGCAGGCAUUCUGGAAGGCUUACCUGACGUGAUGCCCAUGCUUGCUCCCACAAUAAAUAGUUACAAGAGGUUGGUCGAGAACUUCUGGGCCCCCGUGACCGUCUCAUGGGGCCUAGAACAUCGCGCCGCAUCCGUCCGGCUAAUCGCUCCACCAACUUCGAAGCCCGGUGCGACGAGGUUCGAGGUUCGCGUACCAGGCGCGGAUGCGAACCCUUACUUCGUCAUGUCGGCAAUCUUAGCCCUCGGCUGGCGCGGCGUAGAGAAGAAGCUUGAAAUUCCGAUUCCUCCACUCGGAAUUGAUCAGGACGUGGGUGGUACCGCCGACCAAGGAGCUCGUCUGGCGAGAAAUCUGAGAGAGGCGACCGAUAAGUUUAUGAGAAAGGAUAGCAUUGCCCGCGAAGUGUUCGGUGAUGAUUUCGUGGAUCACUUCGGUGGUACCCGAGAGAACGAGAUUCGGUUGUGGGAUGAGGCUGUCACGGACUGGGAAUUGAAACGAUACAUCGAGACGGUAUGAGUGAUAUGCGACAAUUGACG